AUGCAUAUGUAUGUGGAGGCCUUUUUGGAACGCACACCCACCAGACCAUCCACCGACACGCUGGAGAAUCUCUCCGGAGAGAAGCAGCAGAGUGCAGCCAAACGCCCACAGAGUCUGCUACAGCCGAGGCGCUGUCUGUUUAGCCAGACAGAGCAGAAAGCUGAGAGUUCCUACAGCAGAGAGUCAACCUUGUUAUCCAGUGGCCGAAAAAGUAAGAUCCGCUGCACAGCAACAGCAGCAGGCGAUGUUUCUCCUGCUCUCCAGGCUCAGGCGGUGGCUCUGACGGUCGCCCAGGCCUUCACGGUAGCUUUUGAACUCUGGCAAGUUGCCAAAGAAGAGAAAGGGAAGAGAGUGAAGUCGGGUUCAGCUGGAGAGGCCAGCAGCAGCUCCCACUCAGAGAGAUCCAACAGCCUGGGGAGCCUGAAAGGGACAGAAGAUGUCGCCACAGACAACCUGUUGGACUUUGAGGACAGUGUGAAUGUGGUGGUGGAGACCAACGGGAACAUAGAGGAGGAUCAGCUGGACAACCACAGGCCCUCUGAGACCAACAAUAACCCUGCCUGGGAGAUAGAAGAUGGACUGGAUGAAGCCUUCUCCAGGUGAGAUAUUUGUCUCAAUAGUUUUAUUAU